GCUCGGCCGUCUGGGCGGCCCUAACAGCGGCUGUGGCUGGCUGCGAGCUGGGCGAUGCAUCCGGCUGGGCUGUUCUGGGUCGCCGCGGCGCUGCGGCUGCUGCUGGCGGCCCACGUGGCGGCGGCGUUCGAGCCUAUCAGCUUGGGCAUCGCCGUCGGGGCCGCGUCUGCCCUCACCGGCUACCUGUCGUACACGGACCUGUACUGCCGCUUCGCCGAGUGCUGCCGAGAGCGGCCUUUCAACGCGUCGGCCCUCAAGCUGAAUUUGCAGGAGAAGCUCUUUGGGCAGCAUCUGGCCACAGAGGUGAUUCUCAAGGCGCUGACUGGCUUCAAGAACAACAAAAAUCCCAAGAAACCACUGACUCUUUCCUUACACGGCUGGGCUGGCACGGGCAAGAAUUUUGUCAGCCAAAUUGCGGCUGAAAAUCUUCACCCAAAAGGUCUCAGGAGCAACUUUGUCCACCUGUUUGUGUCGACCCUGCACUUCCCUCACGAGCAGCACAUAAAACUGUACCAGGACCAGUUACAGAGGUGGAUUCGGGGUAACGUGAGUGCAUGUGCGAGCUCCGUGUUCAUAUUUGACGAGAUGGAUAAAUUGCACCCGGGGGUCAUUGAUGCAAUCAAGCCAUUCCUAGAUUACUACGAGCAGAUUGAUGGUGUGUCUUACCGGAAGGCCAUCUUCAUCUUCCUCAGCAAUGCAGGCGGGGACCUCAUAACUAAGACGGCCCUUGACUUUUGGCGGGCAGGGAGGAGGAGGGAAGGCAUCCAGCUGAAGGACCUGGAGCCCGCGCUGUCUGUCGGAGUCUUCAAUAACAAACACAGUGGCCUGUGGCACAGCAGACUGAUAGACAGAAACCUCAUCGACCACUUCAUCCCCUUCCUGCCCCUGGAAUAUAGCCACUUGAAGAUGUGCGUGCGGGCAGAAAUGAAGGCCCGCGGCUCUGCCAUCGACGAAGAUGUCGUCACCAGAGUGGCAGAGGAAAUGACGUUUUUCCCUAAAGACGAGAAAAUCUACUCAGACAAGGGCUGCAAGACUGUGCAGUCACGGCUGGAUUUUCACUGAACUCUUAUCCAGAUGGGGUGAGACGCGGCUGGGAGCCCAGGGAACUCGGGGCCUGGCCUUUCCAAGCACUUUGAAGACCUCUUCAGGGUUUGCACAUUUGCACCU